GACCGAGUGUAAACACGUUAAUAUAUAUACAAAACGAAUGCUGUGAAAAGUAAUUUAGGUACCUACAUAUUAAAAUUUUGAUAUCAUUAUCUAAAACGAUCCAAUUUUUAAGAUGGAAUCUCACGAAGACGACAAAGUACCCAGCCAUGCGAUUGAAAUCGUUGACAUGUCAAGGGAGACAAGUCUCGAUUUCUACAAAUUCAGACGCAAAACUGAUUCAGGAGACUUGUUCAACCACAACAUCUUUGCUAAGAAAUCAGAUCUCUCCAAUAUAUUUCUAGAAAUUGGCGAUGACAAAAAGCAUAGAACCUACGCUAUACUACAAGAAUCACGAUCUGACUUUAAUAAUAUCAAACUCCGUUACUUCCUAUUGAUCUACUCUAAUCCGACAUGGAAAUUUUUCGUAGUCAUGUCAUUAUGCCUUUCUUACAUAAUCGAUACAUGUCUGUAUACAUUUUUCAGACCAAAACAAAGGUCAAAUUGGCUUAUUAUUAUAGUGGUUGCCUUAAAUCUCAUAUUUACCCUGGAUGUUGUAAUGGUAGUAGGCUUAAAGUUUUCCAAGAAAUGGAGAAAAUCCUUGAACCUCGUCGAACCCGAUUUGACUAAAGUUAUAAUCGAUAUGAUUGUAGCCGUGCCGUAUUCGUUGCUGUAUUUAGCUAAAUUCGAAGAAAAUGCACCAUUUGAUUUUUUCGCUAUUGCUCCUUUAGCAGCUUUGAUACGAAUUUACAGAAUUGUUGAACAUUUUUAUCAGAAAUCUAUGCAAGCUGGUAGUAACCAAUGGUCUGCAUUCUUAGGACAAUAUCUCUUAUUCUUUGUGUUAUCUGCACAUUCCUGGACUUGUAUUUGGUACCUGUUUUCUUAUAGAGGAUUUGAUAUACACAAAAUCAGAAAUUCUUGGUCGGUAUCAGCUGUAUAUUUGCCUACGGAAACGACUUACGACUGGUACUUUGUCUGUGCCUAUUGGUCUGUUAUGUAUCUUACUACAAACGCGUUAGGUGAUUUAUACCCAGUGACUACCACAGAAAGAAUCAUGGCUACGUUAGCAGUACUCUUAGGAUUUGCACUAACAACAAUUGUUUUGGUCGGCUCAUUGACAUCUCAGUUUAUAACAAUAACAACGAGACGUUCCAAAUACGUGAGGCAGAUGAAUAAAAUUCAAAAUCAUCUCAAAUUGAUUCACAUGGAUGAAGAUACUACACGACGUAUAAUCAGGUACUACGAAGACUUAUGGUACCAAAAAUCAGGUGUAUUCAAACCGGAACUAAUGGCGUUGCUACCAAGUCCUUUGCAAAUGGAAAUCUGUUUCGACCUAAAUGCUGUUCCUCUAUACAGCUCCUUGAUAUUCAGAAAACUUCCCGAGGCAUUCCUCAGAAGAUUGUCAUUAGCCAUGACGCAUCAGUUUUAUUUACCUGGUGAUAUUGUUUACGAACACAAUCUAAACAAGACCAUUAUGGUGUGCGUCACCAAUGGUGUCGUGGAGCUGUUAUCGGACGAAGACGAUCUGAGUCCAAUGAUUUCAUUCACGAAAGGAACUUGCUUUGGCGAAAUAGCCUUGGUAUAUAAUAUUCCAGCAAGGUGCACUGUCAAAGCAGCAACAUACGUAGAAUGCCAAGUUUUAGAGAAAACCGAAUUCAUAAAACUAAUGGUCACAUAUCCGAUCUUGGUUGAUAAAGUAAAAACUGAAAUACAAGAAAGAAUCGAUCGCAGUCAUAAAAUAAAGAUGUCAUGGGAUGACUCCAGUUUCUUGUCACUGAAUAUUUACGCUUCUCGGGAUCGCGAGAAGAGUAGCAUUAAAAGGUUGAAGGAUAAGUUGAGAUAUCUUCAAGGUCUUACCGAUACUGAGCCUUUAUCAGAUGACCGUCUCGACGAAAACUGCUUAGAUCUAUACAUAGUGUCUGAACACGUGAAAAAGCGGAACGUUCCUUUUACAUGUGUCAAUGUUAGCUUCCCGUGGAUUCUAGAAGCAGACUGCUAUCUCGUCAAGUAUUGGGAGUUAUACAUGCUCUUCAUUACCUUUUACGUGUGUUUGGUAUUCCCAUAUUACAUCGGCAUAAAGAGACAAUUUCCAGAAGGAGUUUACUUCUAUAGCCAAAUAAUUAUCACGAUAUCUUUGAUUGCGAACAUGGUAAUGACGAUUACAACCGCAGUAAAAACGAAGAAGAAAUAUGUAACGCAGUUUUGGGACAUAUUGAGAUUCAGAAUGAAUACUCUUGGAUUUUACUUAGAUAUGUUUGCAUUAAUUCCUUUUGAAUACAUAGUUUCGAUUCAUCGCUCAGGUAUAUAUCAAGAUAUGCAUAGGAAACACUUGUUUUAUUUGUGCAAAGGAACUAAACUUUGUCUGGUUUGGAGGUUAUCGAAUUUCUUUGAGAAUUUGGAGAGGAAAUUGCUGCUUAAUUCUCUUAUUGUUAAGGUGACCAAAUACUGUGUCUACAUUUGCCUACUAUGUUACUUAUGUGGCGUUGUCUUGUACAUGGAGUCAUGUUUCGUAAGUCCCUGUUCCGAGGACUCUUGGUUUACAAAAGCGUUGAGCUGGGAAGAGAGGCGUUCAGGAGAACAUGGAUCUAAAGUGGAAUACCCAAUAAUAACAUCGGUCUAUUUCGCCACCACUCUUCUCCUGUCAGUGGGUUUCGGAGAUUUUACCCCAGGCGACAAGUAUGACAUGGGUGUAGUUGCCUUCCUCAGUCUGUAUGGGGUUUUACUCACUGGAUAUUGUGUUUCGGAGUUUUCUGCUGUUGUUACUCAUUCGUCAAGAACAAAAACAGCGUUUUUAGAAGUGAUCAUAACGAUAGACAAAUUCAUGAAGGACAACAACAUGCAUCUUUCGAUUAAGAAUAGAAUAAUGGCCUUUUACGAACUCCAAUGGCAAUAUAAUCAGGGCGUCGAAUUAACCGACGAAAACUGGUUAGAGAAAACAGUAGUGCCCUCAGAACUGCGAAAGAAAGUCUUGCAUCAAGCACGCUUCAAAGCUUUAACCUCUAUACAAUUUUUUCAAGUAAAAAAUAAAGCUUAUAUCCACACUUUGACUGAAAGCGCUAGAGAUAUAAUACUCCCACCAGGCGAAAUAGUUUACUACGGUGGAACUAUAACAAGAGAGUUAUACAUAAUAGAAAGUGGAUAUUGCUUGGUAACUUCAGAUGAGAUGAGAAAAGCAUCAAAAGAAAGAUUGAUAGGGCCGGGAAACCAUCUGGGUUUACUGGUACUGUUAUAUGGAGUGCCUGCUGUCAGUACUGUGGUCACGUUAACUCAUUGCAAACUCAUUAGUAUCAGCUAUGCAGCUUAUACAUCAGCGCUGAGUUUGUUUCCUGAUAUGCGAGAGCAUACCGGAUUACUAACCCGAAAGGAAUUGAAAUUAAUCGAAAAACAGGCUAAGUCUAAAGUCGAAGGCGUUUUUGUCUCUCAUUAUAGCCAAACGGGGAUGAAAUAUAGAAUCACUAAUAUACUUCAAGAGUAUUACAACGACUCUUUCAUCAGCCUAUUGGACCACUACGAGAAGAAAAAAAUGAGUUACUUGAAGUCAUACAAGGAGUUCCAUACAUUAAACUCCAUCGCUCGAUUCUUGCUGUUACCCAUCGCUAUUAAGCCAGACGGCUUAUUCCUCAAGACUUGGGCAAUUGUGAGAGUCACCGUGGCAUUUUUAUUGUGUUUCAUUAUACCGAUAACAGUAUCAAUGGCUCCUCUCUGCUCCACGUUCAAUCUUGCAGUUGUGGUGAUGGAAGCUUUCUGCUACUUGGAUUUGUAUGUGCGGCUCCACGUCGCCUAUUACGGACCGAAAAAUCAAUUGAUUUUUCACCCUUACUUGAUGGCAAAGAACUAUUUGAGCAGAGCAUUCAUAGUAGAUUUCCUAACAUGUAUGCCAUGGUAUGCGGUGUUAAAACUUUUCUCACCGAAACAUAACGAAGACCACACAGACGAAGAUCACAUUAUUAAUGACCACAUGUACCACUGCAUAUUACGAAUGGUGAACAUAUUGCAGAUUUAUAAACUUUAUGCUGCUUUUUGUACUGAAUCUAUCGAAGCUUUGAAACGGGCGUAUAUAAUGAGCGUGCUACAAUUCUUCCUCUUUACCUUAUUCUUCCUGAAUCUCUACACGAACAUACUGAUAACGAUAUCGUGUAGAUUUGUUAAAGCCACAGACGUAGACGAUUUUCAGCGAAGAUUGGGAACGUUGUCUUUGAAACCACCAUAUCGGGAAUCUAAAUUUCAUUCUGAUGGAAAUAUGAUAUGUACGAAAGGUUCCUGGAUAGAUAUUGAGAUGAUGGCAGUAGACGAUCAUCUGCAACCGACCAAAGUAUACCUCCUAGCUUAUUACUGGGCCGCGACCAGUUUCAGUGGAGGGGGAUUCGGUGACGUCACAGCUCAAAACACUCAUCAUAUGCUGUUGACUAUUAUGAUUAUGAUUCAUGGCACUCUGUUUUUUGGGUAUGUCUAUGCAAGAAUUGCCUCGUUAAAAGCAAUUGCCGAUCAAGUUGUAACGAUUUUCGUAGAAAACAUGAAACAUUUGGAACUGUUUAUGAGUAGAGAAAAUGUGCCUUUUCUGUUGAAGAAAAGUAUUAUAGACUAUUGGAAAUAUCAAUGGAAAAGAACUGGAGGGUGGUCGCAUCAGUCGAUACUGGGCAAGCUCCACGCAAAUUUAAACGAAGACGCAGUGCUAUAUAUGUACGAGAAAACACUGCGAGAAAUACCAUUAUUUGAAGAUGUAGAAUAUUCGUUUUUUAGAGCAUUUGCAAAAAUGCUUCAGGAAAAAUAUUAUCAGAAAGGUUAUAUGGUAAUGAGAGCUAAUGAAGUAAUGAAUAAUAUGUACAUUAUUUAUAGAGGAAAGGUUGACAUAGUGUCAGAGAUAAGCGAAAUCGAAGCCUGUAUGGGGCCAGGCGGCAUAUUCGGCAAUAUAAGAGGCGCUAACAAAUUCCUAACUAUGUCUACAAUUGUCGCCUCUCGAAAUAUAGAUUUGCUUUCUAUUCAAGGUGCUGACUUUUAUGCUCUUUUGAAGAGCUAUCCAAAAGCGCUAAAGAAAGUCAAGCAUUCGGUGGACACUGCAGCGAAAGAUUACGUCUUACCGACUAUCGUAUCGGAUGAUAAAAACUCUGACAUGUGUUCUGUCCCAAUGAUGGAUGAAACGGACGAAGAAGAAGAGAUGACUGAUUAUGAAUGCCAAAAAAACAGUAUAUUCGCCGAUCCUUUAAAUGAAAUUCAGCCUCGUGCGCCAGGUGCCGAGCAAAGUUUGGAAGAAUCUCACGGAUCGAAAUCUUUUUCUUCGGCUUGCAAUGCUGAUUACAUAUCAGCACCUCUGUUAAUUUUUAAGCCGCAUAGAUGGUUCAGACGCAGUAUAAUCCCAGAUUGCUUUUGGGUUAACUUUAUGGAUUACUUCGUAAUAUUUCUAGCAUAUGUUGAGUUUAUACUCCUCGUAUACGAAAUGGCGUUCCUGUCUGUACCUUACUUUCUCUACUUAAGUAUUAUGUUCGACGUUGUAUACAUGUAUAAGUUAUUUUUGGAUGUACACACUGGCUACAUGAAUCGAUACGGAGAUUAUGUUUUGAAUCCUACCAAAGUUAGAAAAAUGUAUUUCUCGAAAACUUACAUGCGAAGGCGAGAUUUCCUAGCAAACUUCAUAGUAUGUUAUGGUUCCUUAGCAUUGAAACUAAGACCGCAAACGCAACUCGCUUUAUUCUGCUACUUGCGAACACCGCAGUUGCUUCGAAUCUCUUAUUUGUUCACUUAUCAAACUCACAGAAAGAUCAAUAUUGGAUCUGCCAACUUAUUGGUGAAGCUAGCGACUAUAGCAAUAUGGGCGUCAAUUCUGUCGCACGUGAAUGCAUGUUUAUUUUUCAAGUUAUCCUGUCUCACUCCAGUGGAUUGCACUUCGCCGAAUUGGAUGACUAAGGAAGAACUCAACUUGAAAACAGAAUACUCUGAUGGCUACUACUUCCCUCUUUACAUAACAUCUUUAUGGUACAUUGUAAACUUGAUAACUAUAACGGGCAUGGGAGAUGUGUCCGCGCAAAAUGAUUUCGAAGUCGUGGAGACUAUAGUUAUCAUUAUUAUUAUCAAAUUCUGCACAGGUCUCCUGAUAUCCGAAAUGUCAGCAAUGAUAACAGCACAUGAAUCAUCUUUGAUAGCAUACGACUACGGUAUCAAUGAGCUACGUGACGGACUACGCGAUAUGGACCUCAGCGACCAUCAGAUGAACAAGAUGUGGGACUAUGUGAGGGAGCUGUGGAAUAGGCAGCAGGGAAGACAAAUGCCUAAACUAAUCCAUAAGCUGCCAUACCGACUGCACUGCCAAGUAAUGCAAGCAGUAUACGGCUGUCAUAUCCGAGAGUCAGUGAUAUUCAGCUCGACCCAAGAAGAUUUCAAACGAAUGCUUGUAAUGUGGAUGCGGCAUUGUGUGUUCUUCCCUGGCAAUUACAUUGUCCAAUGCGGGGAUUCAGACCAAUGUAUUUAUUUUAUUCAUAGAGGAGAAGUGGAAGUUUUGACUGUCCAUCCAAAUUUUACUGAGUCCAUUUAUGAUGUUUUGGGACCUGAAGAUAGCUUUGGAGUGGCUCAGGGAUUGUUUGUAGGAGUGUCACACCACUUCUCAUUCCGUGCAAGAACGGUAGUUGACAUUGUCUACCUCAAAUUGGACCAUUGGAAAUACUUGCUCGACUUUUACCCGAUAUCGGCCAAAAUCGUGCGACAAAAAGUCGAAAAUGUGUACUUGGCGAUAUAAAACUUAGUCAAUACUAUACUUUCUUUCAAGAUACGUUUCUUCUUUAAGCCCUUUGUGGUUUAUACUUGUUAGUAAUUAACGAUUAGUUUUAAUUUGAAAUAUUUGAUUAAAUGUUUCAAAUUGGUUUACUAUUUAUUUCACUUUCAAAU